GAAACACUGCCUCGACUCGUCGCCUAAGGGGACGGGCGUGAGGGCGUGAGGGCAGCGGGCAGCCCGAGCGAUGGGCGGCGGAUAGGGCCGAUGAAGGAGCAAUGAGGGACGGUGGUGGGUGGGGUACAAGGGCUCAACAGCUGGUGCAGGACAGCGGCGACGAGUCGCUACAGACACAGUCGCACCAAAAGCAGAGGGAAUUGGGAUUCAGGGUUUGGAAAAGGAAGCAGGCGAGGAUUUUGUGCAGCGUACAAAUGUUUCGAGGGGCAGGAAAACUAAGGUGGCCGGGAGUCGCAUUUUGUGAGGCUGGGACGGCUAGCCCGCCCCGUCAUGCUCGCACACCGCAACACGUAUACAAGGCUUACCCACCUGCGAUACACACCUCGCACCAAUCGCGCACCCUGGAUGCACGGCGCCGCUCCAGUCACGCUGCAGCCGCCUUCAAACUCUGCGGUUCUCUCCAGGGCGUCUUUGUAACCAUCUGCCUUGGCCCUCUGCCGGUUCCCUCGAUGCCUUGGCCCGCCGUUCGGUUUCAACGUGUCGCCGGCCAAUGACACGCAACGCGUGUUUGGAAACAUUCUUCUCCAGGGAAACAUUUCUGUGACAGCUGCUGCUGCUGCUGGCCUGGCCCCCUCAUACCCUGCCUGUAGCAUCCUCUCGCAAACACCAAAACGACUUCUUUUGCAUUCCGGCUGCUCAA